AUGGACAGUACUGAAGCACCAAAUCCAAUACUGGAAGACAUGUUUAGAGCUCAUGACAGACUGGUCAGGGUGUAUGAUCGCCAUGAACGUGAAAUUAUUGAGAGAUUCAAAGACAAAUACACCAAGGCGUCGACAAAUCUUGACCGUAAGCAGGUAGUAUGUGAAAUACUACCUGCUCUUUUCAAUCACUGGAGUAAAAAUAGGGUUGUGAGCCGUAGUAAAGAGUUUAUGCAGGAGGAGGCAAAGAAACUGCUUGCAUGGAUUCGAAACAACUGGAGGGGGGAGCGGCUUACAAAGGCUGCAACAAAGGGUAAAAAAUUAAAACGUACCACUGUACUCUGGUAUAAUAGAAGGGACGAGGUCUACAAGGAGAUUGCCAGCAUUCUUGGAAUUGAAUCAGCCGGAGUUGGGACACCAGGUGUUUUUGAAAACCGUAUGAAGGCAAUGAGCAACAUUAUUUCCCGAAUGUCCGACCGCGAGAAGAGACAGCUUGACAUAGAAGCAUCAAAUUAUACUUCAGUGGUAUAUUCCGACGAGGACAAACGCAAGAAAGCAAGGAAGUAUGCUUUCAAGACACUAGAUGAGGCGGCAAUCCAGCAAUGGGCGGAAAUGGGAUUAAUGAGCAUUACAUUUGUUUGCCAGAUUAAUGAAACUGGCCAGUUGUCAGUCCAAGUUCAUGAUCAAGUAGCCAGUGUUAUUGGCGUUUGUUCAACAUUAUUUGAAGAACAAAAACCAGAUGAAGUUACCCAGAUGAAGCGGCUAAUAAGUACCUAUGUUCGCGGAUUAUUGAAUGCAAAAGAAAGAGCAACAUCUGGGUUGCAAGUAACGGCAAAAUCCGACAUGUUCAUACUUGAUCAAGACGCGGAUGGAUUCCCAAUGCUGCCUCAAGACUUUGAUGCAUCCAAGGUCAAUAGAAAAGAUUUAGAGUCACUUCUACGACUUUAUCUUGGACAAAAUUAUAAACUUGCAACACAUGGCCGCACUUCGCAAACACCCUAUGAGGCAAUUGAGCUCUCCCAAUCCAAGUUUAUUGCUCCAGAGUACUUGCCACCCCGCUUCAAGUUAAAACGGCCCCGAUUUCUUGACCUUGAAGACUUACGCACUUUGUUCACUCAUCUCCGAUCACGUCAGGAAACAUUUCCGCUAAGCCAAGUUUUUAGGUUUCGAAAGGUUAAGAAGGGGAGAAAAGGAGAUGACGUUGAGGAUACAUGGUAUCCUGAUGAAACUCGUACUGUUGACACAGAAAAGACCAAGCGUCGGCCACCUGUUAAAAAAUCAAAGAAAUCAAAGAAGGCUCUGACACGUAUUGAGGACAUGCAGGGCGGAUCAAGUCUGAUCACAUUUGAGUCUACUCCGGAAUCUAUGCAGACAUCAACAUCCCCCAAUGCCAACAUAAUCUUGGAUUGCAUGAUUGACCCGUCUUUGCGAACAAGCCUCGCCCCCGACCCCGACCUUGCAAACCACCUACAACUCCUGCUGAAAUUGCGGAGUAUGAGCAAAAUCAACAAGAUCUUCGUAAUGCAUGGCAGGUUUCUGACAUGCUACUUGGAACCAAUGCAGCAGGGGAAGUGA